AUGAGCAGGCCAACCAUUGCGCUUGCGUCUGUCAACAGACGUCUCUUCAGAGCUGGCCAGGUCAAGAUAACCCGCCCCAGGGUCUGUCUUCAAGGCCGACGAGCCCGUUCCCUCUCGAACAAGUCUUGUGGUUCCAAAGAUCACCCAGCUACAUUGGCAGUGGAGGACGGUUCAAAUCCUCCUCCGGCCGCAACGACAUGGGACGAGUUCCGGUUUCGAUCAGGCCUGACGUGGCUCGCUCGAGAUCCCACUGCCGUGAACCCUAGGUCUACCCUACCCAUGAUUCAAGCAUGUCGUUCAGAGAAGCCUACCAGAGUCCAGACCAUUGUCUUACUGGUGACUCCAUUACUUGCUCACCUUCUGGACCCUGAAGUGUUCCUCAAACCUGUCAUGACAUGCCUAUACGGCGAUUUACGAACCGAGACAGGGACGCAGGAACUCAGGGUCAAAUCGGUUGCUGCAGUGGUUGACGCUCUACCUGGUCCUCUGUCGGAGCGCGGCCCGCCGAUGUCUGAAGGUCUGGCAUUCCUCAUGAGCUCCGCGCCUCCCCGUAUUGUGUCGACGGACGAGGCCGAUCCUGUCACACUGGAGUUCAUGUCUAGCGGUACUCACGAUACACACUCCAAGUCAAGGAGAGCGGUCGUCCGGCAUCUGACCCUCCCAGUUGCAAACACCAUUUUUGUGAAUGGGAACCAUGCCACAUUGCUUGAAGACAGCUGGGACAUCACGAUCCGCGACUCUGAGUCAGUGAUUGCUCAUCAAGGCCGGCGUUCCCUGAAAAGCUGUCGGGUUGACAUGGGCUGCUCAGGGAACGAUUUCCUUGACGGCUCUAUACCACUUCAAUCGCUGACACGCCCGCGUAAAGUGGUGAGGUCUAUGGGCAAUGUUCUGGCUGAAAUCGAGAUCGACGGUAAAGCCGUGCCUGCAUCUCGCGAACUGGAGAAAGCCGUUACAGAAUACAUCAAUGCGAAUCCCACGCGUGCAUCACACGGACCGUUCCAGGUUUUCGCCUUUGUGCGACCCCCAAGGGCAGCGCACAGUGAGGGACAGGACUUCACCAAAGCCGAUAAGCACGCAGGCAGAAUCUUACAAGGAUUGUGGCAAGACGCGAAACUAUUCAAAGUCACUGGUGGUGGAGGAGGAUGGGGUAAGAAGCAAGGCUUGCUCUCGCUGGACACCGCAGUCGAUUUCGAAACGGUGGGGGCCACCGCGGGCUUUCCUGACUUGGAGACGACCGAGAAUCUCUCACAUGAAAUAGGGUCUCACGGCAUGAUCCCUCGGGAUGGCACUGUGGAGUUCUUUCUCUGCUCAGAUGGUCACGUUUCACGAACGCGCGUGGAGGGUUCUUGCGCUCAAGAUCAAAAUUCGGCCAAACGGACGCCUCAUCCGUCAACCUCGUUUGUCCUUGGUACCGCUUCGGAUCCGGAAAUACAAGAAUUCCAAGAUACUAUCGAGAACGAGCACAUGCCGGGUGUUUCUUUCUAUCCAAACCAUUUCGGCAUGAUCUCCUAUGGAGGAGCCGCUCUGGGCUCAGACGAAACCGGAGAACCUGAAGAGAGGGACCUGGCUUCGAGGUUUCAAUCUCGGAAAGGAUCCCGGACUCGCUUGGAUGUGCCAAAUUCGUUCUUUGUCCUGCAAACACUCCCAAAUUCAAGGUCCUCCAGUACACCGACUCCCACAAUAGCCUGUACGCCAAGUGGGCAGGCAUAG